UUUUCUAAUUGUGCGCACUAAACUUUUUUAAUUAACAAAGACUAAAGACAGAACUGCUUUAAUAAUUCCAACAAAAUUAUUUUUUAACUAAUAUUUCAAGAAUAUUAAAAAAAGUUGAAUGGAUAUAUUAUUUGUUAGCCAAAAAAUUUUUCUUGGAGAUAAUUGUGAAGACUUUAUAGACGGUGCAAUUCUUGUUACGACAGAAGGAAAAAUUCGUCAAAUAUUAAGAAACCGAGAGCAAGUUAAUUCUUUUAUAUAUAAUAAUGAGCCAGAGUCCGUAAUUGAUUUCAAAGACAAGAUUUUGAUGCCCGGUCUUGUUGAUAUUAAUGUUAAUAUAUUUGAACCAGGAAGAAAUGAUUGGGAAGGUUUUGUAACUGCAACUAAAGCUGCCGCUGCUGGUGGUAUUACAACCCUUUUCGAUAUGCCAAUUUACAAUGUACCACCAACCGUAAGCGCUGAAACUUUAAAGGCUAAAGCACUCAUAGCGCGUGGUAAAUGUUUUGUUGACGUUGGCUUAUGGGGUGGAAUAACAUCAUCAAAUGUAAAAAAUUCUACAGAAAUUGAAAAUUUAGCAAGAAGUGGUGUUAUUGGCUUGUACUGUAGUUUAUGUCCAUCUCAAACAAAUGAGUUUUCAGAAGUUAAAAAAUCGGAUAUACAAUCAAUUUCAAACAUAGUUGAAAAUUCUGGUAAUAUCUUGGCGUUUCAUCCUGAAAUAAUGCCCGAAGUUCCGAUAAAACCAAAUCAAGAUGAACCUAAAAAAUAUGUGACUUUUUUGGACACAAGACCCGCAUUCAUGGAGAAGGCUGCCGUUGAAAUUAUCACAGCAUUAUCGGUAGAAAACAAAUCCAUCCCUAUACAUAUUUUGAAUUUAAGUUGUGCUGAAACUUUACCAAUCAUAAAAGAAUGUAAAUCAAAAGGUGGAAAACUAACGGUUGAGACAUGUCCUCAUUAUUUAAUAUUUGAUUCUGAAUCUAUCAAUGACACCCAAACAGAGUUUAAAUGUUUUCCACCUAUUCGAGAUAAAGAAAAUAAAGACAAACUUUGGAAAGCAAUUGCCAGCCACGAAAUCGACAUAAUUUCCUCAAAUCAUAGUCCUACUCUUCCCGGUUUGAAGUGCUUAACAUAUGGGAAAACUAGAGGAAACUUUUUAAAAGCUUGGUCUGGAAUAGCUUCGUUACAAUUAGGAUUAUCAAUAUUUUGGACGGAAUGUCGCAAGUAUGGAUUGGAUAUUAAAGAUGUUUAUAGAUUAUUCUGUAAAAAUCCAACAAAAUUAUGCGGAAUCGGCCACGUUAAAGGUGUUAUCAAGGAGGGGUAUGACGCUGACUUUUGUGUAUGGGAUCCUAAUGAAGAAUUCACAGUCUCAAAGGAAGAUCUAUUCAUGCAAAACAAAUCGACACCGUAUUUAAAUAUGAGGUUGAAGGGUGUUGUAUAUGCAACAGUCGUCAGAGGACUUCAUGUGUAUGAAAGAUAUUCUGGAUUUGGACAACCAUUAGGAAGGAUUAUUUUAAGAAGACCAACUAAGCAAGUUGUCAGAUUUAGUUAAAAAACAAAUAAGAGUUUUCGGAAAUAAAAUGUCGAUAAUGUACAAAUUCAUACAUAUGCCUAGUCUAAUUAUACAUUAUAUUUAAUUUAUUCCCUUUCUAUUUAGGUAUUAUUUAUUUCCUUAAAUUUGGAUUUAUAUGUACAUACAUAGAUAAAUAUAAAAUUCGAUCCGAAAUUGUAAUCUUUGAUCCGUGGAUAAGGAUCGAUAAUUUAAAAGUGACAUACAUACAUAGAUGUACAUAUACAUCUGUAGAAAAAUUGUCUUUUACAUCUUCAAACAGCUUUUUUCUCAAGUUUGUCCUCUAUAUAACAAAUCCAAUAUAUUGGAAAUCGAUCUUGAAGCUCUUAGAUUAUUAUUUUAAGAAAUUAUUUUAAGUUAUUUUAAGAAAUUACCUUCCUAAUUGGGUAACUGGACGUUACUUAUGACCUUUU